AUGACAUCGAUCCUAAUGCGCCUAACAUUUACAAUACUUCUCAUCGUCAUUGCUUUUGACGUACGCUUCGUUCACACGUUUAGUUGGCGAUUCAACGAAGGGUUAGAUGAUCCAAUAACGGUGCCACGUGAUGCACGAGCUAAGGAAAUUUCACCACCGAGUUAUAUGAAACGUUCUGAACAUGAACAAAACGAACAACUGCUGCGACAAAUUUGGUUUAAUAUUUUACAUUCAAGAAUGCUCCGACAUCAUGAUCUGUCGCAACCAUUAUUUUAUUAA